AUGUCCGAACUCAUCGCUACCAAACGAGUUGACCUUCUCGCCCCUUACCUGGCCCUUGACCAAGGAUCCAAGGUUCAAGCUGAAUACAUCUGGAUUGACGGUGAUGGAGGUCUACGAUGUAAGACCAUGACCCUCGACAAAGCUCCUGCUUCCGUCGCCGACCUCAAGGAAUGGAACUUUGACGGUUCUUCCACUGGUCAAGCUCCUGGUGACAACUCCGAUGUUUUCCUCCGACCCGUUGCCAUCUUCAAAGACCCCUUCCGAGGUGGUGCUAACAUUCUCGUUCUCUGUGAAUGUUACGACAACGACGGUACCCCCAACAAGUCCAACUACCGAGCCAACUGUAAGAAGAACAUGGAAUUAGCCAAGGAACACCAACCUUGGUUCGGUCUCGAGCAAGAGUACACCCUCUUUGAUGCCGAUGGACAAGUCUUCGGUUGGCCCAAGAUGGGUUUCCCAGGUCCUCAAGGUCCUUACUACUGUGGUGUUGGUGCUGGUCGAGUUUUCGCUAGAGAUUUCAUUGAAGCUCAUUACCGAGCUUGUCUCUACGCCGGUGUCAACAUCUCUGGUAUCAAUGCCGAAGUGAUGCCUUCCCAAUGGGAGUUCCAAGUCGGUCCUUGUGAAGGUAUAGAUAUGGGUGAUCACCUCUGGAUGGCUCGAUUCCUCUUGCUCAGAAUCGGUGAAGAAUGGGGUAUCAAACCAUCUCUCCACCCCAAACCUCUCAAGGGAGACUGGAACGGUGCCGGUUGUCACUCCAACUACUCUACUGUCGAGAUGCGAACACCUGGUAAGGGUAUGGCCGCUAUCGAAGACGCCAUCAAGAAGCUCGAGAAGAAGCAUCUUGAACACAUUGCUGUCUACGGUGAAGAUAACGAUCAACGAUUAACCGGUAAACACGAGACUGCCUCCAUCACGAGUUUCUCCGCCGGUGUUGCCAACCGAGGUGCUUCCAUCCGAAUUCCUCGACAUGUCAACGCUCAAGGUUACGGUUACCUCGAAGAUCGACGACCUGCUUCCAACGUUGAUCCUUACCGAGUCACCUCGAUCCUCGUUGAAACCACCCUCCUUUCUUAG